AGUCGAGUGGUGGAAUUUAAAUCGAAUCAGAGAAGUUUGACAUGUCCGACAGUAGAAACUCGAGUCGACUGACCGUUUUCGUCCCUGACGAAUGCAGCUCUCAGAACUCCACUACCCACAAUGCCCCUCGUCACACCCAGAUCCAGCCCCCAACUUUAAACCUUCGGCGUGAAACUCAAAUCAGUGGCGGGAGAAGGGGCAGAGAGAAGGUCGAGGACGAAGCGGGACAGCGGAACUUUACAGCAACGGUCUGAAGAAACUCACCGAGCAGAGACGGAAAGUGAUUCAACAGUUUAAAGAUGAUCGUGAAAGGGCAGAAGCGUAAAUUCCCUCCAGAGAACGUGGAGGUUUCAGACAGGAGCAACCCGACCUGGGAGAGCCAGCGACAGUUUGUGUUUUCAGUUUCCCUGAGCAAGUAUCAGCGGAACCAGGAGCUGCCAGAACCCAGCCUGCUGAGGUCCGUUCUGAUAGCCAACACACUGCAGAUGAUCAGCCAAGAGGCUUGCAGGGCCCCCUCUGUAGACAGGGAAGUGUCACCUAGCUCUUCAUCUGUGCUCCCGUCGAAAGAGCGGGAGAGUAUUUUGUCCGAAGUUCCAGCAGCAAGACACCACUCUGCCGUAGCGGUUACUAACAGCUGCCCUGUGGUUUCCUCAAAUUACUUGUCAGAUUGUGUCACAAGCAGGUUUGCAGCAAGCUGCCACUUGAACACAUCCAAUGUCCCCCUGCCAGUAGCAGAUGAAGAUGAGGACUGGGGAUUGCUGUCCAUCGAUCCUGAUUUCUCCCUUUCAGCUGCCAUUUCCUCCAUUCUCACCGCACUGGACUCUGCCAUCGACGGGAGCCCUCAGGCAGUUCCGCGUACUCCUCUCCAGUCCUUGGAGAACCUGCCGAGGUCGCCGGAGGGAAGUGUGGCAUGGGCAAAACAGGGAGUCCGAGGUUGUGAGAGCAGCUGGGAGCAGCAUGAGGAGUGCAGGGUGCGGGAGAGCAGCAUGGAGGUGAUGAGGUCCAGCUACCUCAGUGAUCUGACUGUGGAGGAUCUGUUCCAGGAUAUAGACACUUCCCUGCUGGAGAGGGACAAUGGAGGGACAUGGGAGUGCAUUAGAGGCAGCAGAGGGGGAUCCCCGGUUGAGGUGCUCUGGUACCUGCCGCCUUUCUCUUUCUCUUCCUCCUUCUCAUGAUGAAGGGUGGCUCCUGGCUAGAGAACAGGAUUUCUUCAAACAAAUGAGAAGUUGCCAAGUGAGAUAGUUGCUCCCGCAGUGUUGCUCUAAAAUUUGUCAGAUGCUGAACAUCCUGAGUUAUCUGGAGCAAGAAAAAAGCAGCAGCCAGUCAUGUACUGGUGUUAAUUCAUGCAGUGGGUCGAACGCUGGGUGACACAUGGGACAAAUCCCCUGUGACACAAGUUUAAAAUGAUAAUUGGAGUUCUUAGAGAAUGUGAUUUGGCUGGAGAACAGUUGAAACACUAAUAUUAUAGGUCAAAUCUUCUGUGAAGGAAUCCUUUAACUGCAUAUUUAUCAAUUAAGUAUAACAGAGGCAUGAUAUCAGAUGCUUAUAGGUCAGGUCAGGAUUUUAAAACGUGUUAGUGACUGAAAACAUCUGCAUAUUUAUGAUAACUGGUUCAGUCAGAAGGAGAAAAACAUAAGAACCAGCAUUUUUACAAAAAAAGAACUUUAACUUUUAAUGUUUGAAGUUAUCUUUAACUAGGUGAUCACCAGUUACACGUAUGUCAGUAACCAGUAGGUGGAAGUUCAGUAAGAUUACAUUUCAUUUAUGUAAUUUACCCUGUGAAUAUUACACAAUGGAAAAAGUGCAACUCUUAAGUUCCACUCAACCAAAGUAUGUCCCACCUGAGACAGUCUGAGUGCAGCAGUGGAGCUCAGGAGACACCUGGGUGUCCUGUAACGGCUCAGUGCACAGUCCAGCUCAGAAACACGGACGUGUUGAUCAUAGAGCCUUUACAGGACUGUGACUGUGUGAGACAUCCUGAUGAAUUUGUAUUGGGACUGUACAGAGACACCUUCACCAACAGGGAUGCACCGAUAGCACGUUUUUUCAGUCCAAUUACACGUACAGGUGCCGGCCAACUGAACGUCACGCUGCCGUAAAGUGGUAUCAGUACAGGAUACACACUGAGUACAGGAACAGGGUAUCGGUAUCGGUGCAUCCCAACAGGUGUCGCUUUAAAAUCACAACCACUAAAUAACAGCUUCUGUUGUACAGAUGUAGUAUUACUGUUUAUCAUAGUGCUGUAGUCUCAGCCAUAUUGGCUGAUGGAGUCCGGAUGGUGCUGACCUCCACCCUGUGUCGUUAACUCGUCAGCAGGCUCAUGUUUUGUCUGGUUUACCUCUGAUUUAUUGCACUUUUGUUAGUCAUACAUUUUAAGCCUCGGCCACGUGAGCACGUGGUUUAUGUUUUACUCUGUGGUAACGUUACAGGUGAGAUGUGGCACUAAAACGCUUGACAGGAGAAUCUGAGAUAAACUGUGUGAGGACGCACACGAUGUCUGUCUGUUUUCGUACGUUUUCUGUUUAUGGAUCAGAGUUGCUUCCUAUGCAAAGGUCCUUUCAGAACAGCAGGGAUGCUGACUCCAACUAUUUAUAAAUGUUAACAAGAUGAGUAAUUUAUUGUCACACCAUAUCUGACAAUUCACUAAUGGUAUAUUAAUACACUGUCAUGGCAGUUAUUUAAUUUACUUGUAUUUUCUCUGUAAACAUUUGAAUGUUUAUGUUUUGAAGUUGAGGGCAGAAUGCUCAGACAUAGUGUAUUUAGACUUUUGUUGUUUAAAGAAGGCCAAUGCUUGUUUCCUGUGCGGCUGUUUUUAAUAAAAUGUGAAAAUUAAACCAUGUGCUUCAUUUUCCU